AUGACCCCGCAGGAAGCUCUCCGCUUGCUGCGCUCGCGCGAGGAGAUGGGCUCUCUGGCCGACGAUGGUCUUUGCCUCUACAUCGGUGCUUGGGAGUACGACGCAGAUGACUGGACUGCAGGAGGUGCAGCAUGGUCGCAAGGCCUCAGCCAAGAUCUGAAACCUGGUGUACCGUUCGCGCAGUGCAUGGUGAAGGAAGAACUUGGUGAACGCCAUGAGCUCGUCCGCAGCCUCCGAUGGCUCUAUAUUGGCGAGGUGGGUUCGGGAACCUCGGCACAUGCAGACCCGCUGGCCAGUCAUGGCUGGAUGUGGCUAGCUGCUGGAAGGAAGGAUUGGCGCUUCGUGAACUGGAAGGCAAGGGGUGCCCGCCAGCGGUGUGAAGCGGUUCCUGAGGGUGCUCCGAAGGAUCUUUUCGAAAGCAGCAGCUGCCCCGAACUGGCGUCAUGGCUUCAGAAAAAUGAAGCAGCACAUGAGGCAUGGUUCGGCGAGCUAAACACUGGCGAGCUGAUUUUCGUGCCUUCCGCCAUCUUGCAUUCUGUGCGAAAUCGAGGUACCAGAAGUAGUAUUGCCGUCUCGCACAACUUCGUAGAUUCUACCUGCGUCGAUGCUGUGCUCGAGUGCUUGCAGCAGGCGCUUUCAAUGCUCCUGGAAGAGGCCCCCCAGCUCGGGACCCAGCAGCGAGAGGCCUACUUAAAGGUG